AUGGCCUGUGCAUGUGGUGAAGCUGCAAUCAGUGUUGAUGCAGCUGCCGCAGGCGCGGGGCUGCAGCAGGUGCUGGUGGCCGAGCAGCGUUGGGAGCCGUUGGGAGCGCAGUUGCUGUUCCCAGGCCGGAGCGCUGCAGUCGCUGCCUGCGACUGCGAGUGUCGCUGUUGGCUCACGCUGGGCAGAGGCGGGCGGCGGCCGCCAGAGGAAGCGCGAUCCGGCGGCGAGCGGCGGGCGGAGGCAGCGGCUGAGCCGGGCGGCAGCGGGACGAGCGGCAGCGGCAGCAGGGACACGGGGACGGCUGCGGAGCACGGAGGGGCGAGCGGGCAGCUGCUGCCGCGCUCCGCGAUGGCGGAGAGAGGAGGGCGCUGGGGCCGGCGGGAGCGAGCCCUGCUGUGGUGCGUGCUGCUGGCGGCGUGGGAGGUGGCUCGGGGACAGCUGCACUACUCGGUUCCCGAGGAGAUGCCGAAGGGCUCAUUCGUGGGCGACGUGGCCAAGGACCUGGGGCUGGAGAUGCUGGUGCUCCGCGACCGUGUCCUCAGCCUCUUAGACACAGGUAGGCCGCAGUAUUUCGCCCUGCAUGGGAAGACGGGACAUCUGGUGACGGCGGAGAGAAUAGACAGAGAGCAGCUGUGCGAGAGUGUGCAGCGAUGUGUGCUGCGCUGUGGGGUGAUCCUAGAAGGCGAAAUAAAGAUUUACGGCGUAGAAGUGGAAAUCACAGACAUUAACGACAACGCGCCCAGCUUCCGAGAGGCAGAAAAAGAACUGAGGAUUAGCGAGACGACAAAACCGGGAUCGCGAUUUCCUAUUGCGACGGCCCAUGACCUGGAUUCUGGACGGAAUUCUCUGCAGAGGUACGAGUUGAGCGGAGAUGAGCACUUCUCUCUGGAAGUGCAGUCGGGUCCCGGGAGCGAUCAGCGUCCCGAGCUCGUGCUGGCAAAGGCACUAGACCGGGAGAAAGCGGCGUUCCACGAGCUGGUGCUGAGGGCGAUGGACGGCGGGGAGCCGGUGCGAACGGGCGCUGUGCGGAUCCGCGUGACCGUGCUGGACGCGAACGACAACGCGCCCGUGUUCAGCCAGGCGGAGUACACGGUGCGUGUGCCAGAGGACGUGUCCGUGGGUUCCACCCUCAUCAUUGUCACCAGCACCGACGCUGACGAGGGGCUGAAUGGGGACGUGAAGUAUUCGUUUCAAACAAUUUCAGUGAAAGCCUCGCAGAUUUUCCAUCUAAAUUCUGACUCGGGAGCCAUCACGCUCUUGCGGAGCCUGGACUUCGAGGAAGGAGACUCUUACGAACUCGAAGUGCAGGCACAUGAUGGUGGGGGACUUUUCGACACAACGAAAGUCGUGGUAACUGUGACAGACGUCAACGACAAUGCGCCCGAGAUUUCUGUGCGGUCCGUGCUGAUUGAGAUCUCUGAGGACGCGCCGCCUGGGACAGUGGUGGCCCUGCUGCACGUACAGGACCGAGACUCGGGGGCGAACGGAGAGUUACGGUGCAGCAUCGUCGAGAGCCUGCCCUUCCGACUGGUGCCGUCGUUUGAUAAUUACUACAGCUUGGUGACUUCUAAGGAGCUGGAUCGGGAAGAGGUGCCAGAGUACAACGUGACGGUGCGGGCGGCGGACGGCGGGUCGCCGGCACUGCGGAGCAGCGCGGUGCUGGCGCUGCGGGUGCUGGACGUGAACGACAACGCGCCGGUGUUCGAGCAGGCGCGGUACAGCGGCCGCGUGUCCGAGAACAACGCGGCGGGCGCGCUGGUGCUGACGGUGCGGGCGGCGGACGCGGACUGGGGGCAGAACGCGCGCGUGCGGUACCGGCUGCGGGAGGGGCGCGUGCGGGGCUCGCCGCUGUCGUCGUACGUGUCGGUGCAGGCGGAGACGGGCGCGCUGUACGCGCUGCGGUCGUUCGACUACGAGGAGGUGCGCGAGCUGGAGCUGUGGGUGGUGGCGGAGGACGGCGGCGCGCCGGCGCUGAGCAGCAACGCGUCGGUGCGGCUGUCGAUCGUGGACGAGAACGACAACGCGCCGCAGGUGCUGUACCCGCCGGCGGCGGGGGCGGGCGCGGGCGCGGGCUGGGCGGGCGUGGAGCUGGCGCCGCGCUCGGCCGAGCCCGGCGCGCUGGUGGCCAAGGUGGUGGCGGUGGACGCGGACGCGGGGCAGAACGCGUGGCUGUCGUACGAGCUGGCCAAGGCGACGGAGCCGGGGCUGUUCCGCGUGGGGCUGCACAGCGGCGAGGUGCGCACGGCGCGCUUCCCGCUGGCCCGCGACGCGGCGCGGCAGAGCCUGGUGGUGCUGGUGAAGGACCACGGGCGGCCGGCGCUGUCGGCCACGGCCACGCUGACGGUGGUGCUGGCCGAGAGCGUGGCCGAGCUGCUGGCGGAGCUGGGCAGCGCGGCGGCUUCGGCGCCGGCCGAGCCGGCCGCCAGCCUGACGCGCUGGCUGGUGCUGGCCGUGGCGGCCGUGUCCUGCCUCUUCGUCGCCUUCCUGCUGCUGCUGCUGGCGCUGCGCCUGCGGCGCUGGCACCGCUCGCGGCUGCUGGCGGCGGACGGCGGCGCCUUGCGCGGCGUCCCGGCCUCGCACUUCGUGGGCAUCGACGGCGUCCGCGCCUUCCUGCACUCCUGCUCGCACGAGGUGUCGCUCACGGCCGACUCGCGCAAGAGCCAGCUCCGCUUCUCGGCCGGCAGCUGCUGCGACACGCUCCCGGCGCGCCCGGCACCAGGAGAAGCUUCAGUGGAUCUCGUCCCUACUAGAGAUGGCGGUGCUGAGGACGGUGAACAAGUUUCCUCACAGGUACGAUAAUUUUUUUAAAUUUUCUGAUGUGCUCGGGGGAAGAGAAAGAUCUUGGUCUCGGAGAGAUAAUUUUAUGCUAGGAAAUAGCUAUUUGGAGAGUGCCUGGGUGUGUGAGGAUGCGUGAAAACGUGUGUCUGGAUUAGGAUGGGCAACUGUAGCCGGAGAGAAGGCGAUUAAGCGCGCAGUGCCGGCGGGGGCCGCAGGGUGGUGCUCC